GACACCUGGGAUCACUUCAAGCUUCCUGACUGCGACCCGGGCCCACCACCCGAGUACAAGAAGCGGAUCCCCUACUGGGUCAAUGAAUCUGUGUGGGUGCCGCCUAAGAAGGCAUACCACAUGGACGGAAAGUUUUGGGUCUUUCCCAACGAGUCCAACGGAGGCCAUUGGGUCCCGGCCCACGAUGUGCCGGCAGAGCCAGGCCACUUCAUCUCGGUUGCAAAGAAGCACUACAAAGAGGUUCCGUUUGUGCGGACCGCUGAGCAGGAUGCUUGCGCCGAGAAGAUGUCGGCUGACGCCUAUCACCAGAAGCUCAUCGCACAGCAUGCGGAGUUCCAGAAAGCGCGAGCUGAAAUGGAGGUGGGCACUACGGGAGCUGCUUCAGUGGCAAGCAACCCAUUCGUGCGGAGCGCAGUCCGCCAAUGUGGUGUUCCAUGGUUCGGCUGCAGCCAAGGAGCCUGAUGGUGACAAGUCUGGUGCCCACUGCCAGCGAGCCUGCACCGAAAAACUCUUUGAUGCCUUCACCUGGACCAAGGAGGAUGGUUGCCUCCUACUGAGGAAAGGCAGCGGCUCAACCUGGAAGGCGGAGCCACAGCACGGUGCUUACUCGGGCUACCCGUGCCAGCAGGACUUGGUGGCCAUCAACUGGAUCACAGAUGAGGCGCAGAAGCACACCUUGCUCGAUGGUGUGAGUCCGCCGAAGAGCUCUCUAACUGGCCACGGGACGGCGGGCACUGUGCUCUGCGUUAUGCUCAUACAGCCUUACACCACAGACAUAGAUCUCGUGUUGCUUCAGCAGUCCCACAAAGCGGGGAUUUUCAGUUGCGAUCAGCAUGCUGUCUACAGCAGCCAAGUUUUGCGUCUGUCUGCCGGUUUGCAUACGCGACGCAUCAAUGAUUCUCAGAUGGUGGAGACGGGAGGGCAGUGGAACUCGGCCCUGGAUACGGACCUUGCGCUUGCCUUUUGGCGGGCUGUGGUGAGUGAUCCAGAGUGGCUGCAGGUGAAGUGGAUUGUCCGGGCCUCCGCGGAAACGGUUUUUAAGUUUGACGCGCUGCACUCGAUUCUCCUCAAACAGGUGGCUUUGAUGCUGGUGUGA